AUGAAGUGGCUCUCUGUUGCCCUUGCGCUCACCGCGCCUGCUCAUGCGUACAUCCGCUUCGGAUGCGCAACGCUAUCAGUGCAGCGCCUAGACCCUGUAGUCGAGCCUGGAAAUGUACCCUCCGCACAUCUCCAUCAAAUCGUUGGCGGAAAUGCCUUCAACGCUUCGAUGGAAGGCGAUAUCGGUACCAAAGCUACAUGCACAACAUGCAGCUUCUCCGAAGACUUCUCCAACUACUGGACUGCAGUCAUGUACUUCAAGGCGCGUAACGGAUCAUACAAGCGCGUGCCGCAGUAUCCAAAUGCUCUCUUGGGUUCCUUGACUGGUGGCAUGACCAUCUACUAUCUCCAACAGGACUUCAACUCCAAUGGAAAGAACAAGAUUACCUCGUUCAAGCCCGGAUUCCGCAUGACUGUCGGCAGCCCAACCAGCCCAGACAAGACCAACCCAGGACUCCGAUACACUUGCUUGAAGGACGUCAUGACGCGAGGCAGCGAGACCAACGACUUCCCCAAGCAGCCUUGCCCAGCCGGUAUCAUGGCCAUCCAUCACUUCCCCGCCUGCUGGGACGGCAAGAACCUCGAUAGCCCUAACCACCAAGACCACAUGUACAACACCGUGAAGGGCGCGUUCCAGAACGCCGGACCAUGCCCAGCUUCGCAUCCCGUGCGCAUGCCUCAAGUCGCUUAUGAGACCAUGUGGAACACGACGCAGUUCAAUGACAAGUCGUUGUGGCCCGCAGAUGGCUCUCAGCCGUUUGUCUGGAGCUUCGAUGAUAGCCGUGGAUACGGUACCCACGGCGAUUAUCUCUUCGGAUGGAAGGGUGAUGCGCUUCAGAAGGCAAUGGACUCCACCAGUCUGGUCAGCAACAAUCUCAAGACGCAGUCCGUCGCCGAGGCGAACAAAUGCGCGAUCAAGACUACGGUCAAGGAAGACAUUGAUGGCUGGCUUACCAAACUUCCUGGUGCGAUGUAA